UGAGUAAGACGCGUCAUCGCCGGUUCUUCAGUAUUGCCUCAUGGUGUGAAACUCACUGAACCCCAGGAAGUAAGUUUAGGAUAUCAAACAGCAUCUUCUGAGCAGAAGAGAGGAAUUGCCUGUGUUGUUUUCGAAAGCGAAGAUUAGGAACGGUCUCUUGAUGCUUGGUGACAGUUUGAUGCCCCUUGACACUGAGGUGCAGACAACAAUGGAUCAAACGGAUUAUACUUCUGAUGGAGGGCUACAUGUUACACUGACACUCCGACUGCUCAUGCAUGGCAAGGAGGUUGGCAGCAUCAUUGGAAAGAAAGGUGAUACAAUAAAGAGAAUGCGGGAGGAGAGCAGUGCCCGUAUCAAUGUAUCUGAAGGCUCAUGUCCUGAACGCAUCAUCACGAUCACUGGCUCAAUGGAGGCUGUCUUCAAAGCAUUCACAAUGAUCACAGGCAAACUUGAGGAGGAUCUCAGUACAUCCAGCAUGAGUGAUAUUGCAAGGAGCAAGCCCCCUGUAACACUACGCCUGGUGAUUCCUGCAAGUCAGUGUGGCUCGCUGAUAGGAAAGGGAGGGUCUAAGAUCAAGGAGAUCAGAGAGUCUACUGGAGCUCAGGUCCAGGUAGCUGGAGACUUGCUGCCGAACUCGACUGAGCGUGCAGUCACCAUCUCUGGGACCCAGGAUGCCAUCAUUCAUUGCAUCAGGCAGAUCUGUGCAGUUAUUCUGGAGUCUCCACCCAAGGGUGCCACUAUUCCCUACCGUCCCAGUCUUGGACCUGGACCAGUUGUGUUCUCCGGUGGGCAGGCCUACACUGUCCAGGGGCAGUUUGCAGUCCCUCAUCCAGAUCUCUCCAAACUUCACCAGCUGGCUGCACAGCAUGCUUCCUUCAACACCGUAAACCAGUCAUCCUCUUCAUUUACAGGUUUGGACAACAGUGGUCAGGCUACAUCUCAGGAGCUAUUGGUUCCAAAUGAUUUAAUAGGCUGCAUCAUCGGAAGGCAGGGCAGUAAAAUUAAUGAAAUCCGGCAGAUGUCAGGUGCUCAAAUCAAGAUUGACAAUCAGGUUGACGGUUCAACCGAGCGACUUGUUACAAUCACAGGGGGACCCCUGAAUGUCAACUUGGCCCAGUACCUCAUAAACGCAUGUUUAGAGAUGGCUAAAACCACCUCCCAGAAUGCUUCCAUCACGACCCCAGUUGACCUCAACAUGACCUUCUCUCAACCUACCAACCCUGCCUCUUCCCCACUGGCAUCGAUGAGCUCCACCCUCCCAUCCUCUCUGCUGAAUGCCCCCUAUGCCAUUCCCAUCUCCAGCCUCCUUGGCAUGAAAAGCGUACCUUUCCUGGCACUGUCUGCGGCCACUUCGGGGCCUUCUGGGAGCCUAUCAGCUUAUACGGCCAAAAUCUCCUCAUCCAAUGGGGUUAAGAAGUCUGAGCGACAGAAGUUCUCUCCGUAUUGAAAGGAUGGUGCAGCUGCCCAGACCCUGUGUAGAACUAGUGAGGUAACGAGUGACGGGAAGGAGUCAUUGGGAGUUUCAUUCAGAUUUGUGAAUUUUGUUGUUUAGGAGGUCUGUUUUCAUACAAGUCCAUACCUGCAGACUAACCCCCUAAAAGUGGCUGAAUAGCCUUUACCUGAUUCCCUCAGUGUUCAAAACAAAAAGAAAUCAACAUUCUGAAAGCUGGCUGGACUUUACAAAUUGAAUUUCCUGUCAGUUAAUUGAGUUUGAUACUGUGGCCCAGAGGAUGAGUGCAUAGUUCAGUGUCUAACUGAACCAUGUGGUCCACAAAGACCUCACAUGCAAUCUCAAGUAGGGUACCAAUUGGCCUCAGUGACCCUGGGUUGAGGGAGGGGGGUUGGAAAUUCAGCCUUUGUUCCCACUCCUAAUUGGUGUCAUGACCCCUGCUGGAAAGAGACCAACGAGUAUUGGCAGGCUGAUCAAUCAUGGGGGAAGGGGAGGCCAUCCAAGUUAUGUUUGGGUUCAAACUCCCCUCCCCUUCCCUCUCCUCCCCAAACCCCACCUGGUCAAUUAGCCCACUGAUGCUUGUAGUCCAGGCUUCCAGUAUGAAUGUUAGGCACAGGAACAGGUUCUGUGGAACUCUAACCCAGCAUGAGUCACUGCCUUUGAGAAAGAAAGGCACCAAAGUGAAAAAUGAACGUUGAUUUUUUUUAAUGUAAAGGCGAUUUGGAAACCGGCAAGGAUUUGUUUUUACUGAUGCCAGCUCGCUGUGAAUUCUGGGAAUCAGGGAAGCCAUGUAGAAGUCACUGGGCAUGAGGGGGCUCGGCACAUUCCGUAAUCUAACUACUUCCUUUGUGCUGUACUUCUCCAGAUUAAUCAAAUGUUUAAAGGAUUUUAGUUAUUAUACCUGAUAACUUCAGGGAUUAUUUCAAUAUCAAAUAAUUAUAAUGAAAGAAAAGCUGUUCAGUGUUUGUUUUCUUUGUUUCCCCUCCGAUAAGAACUACAAGCAUCAAAUGACCACACCAGGCUCUCACAGCACAGUCCAGUCUCAAGUCACUAAAUCAUUUAUAUUUUGAAUGAUAUCCUUUGGCAGCCCCCAAACAAUUGCUAUCUGGUUUUAAGGCACAGGCCUAAAUCAAUCACCGUUGGCAAGCUAUGCAAAAUUUAAGUGUUUGUUUGUUUAAAAAAAAAAUUCAAAAUCUACUGAAAUUUUCAAAGACUGAUUUGACUUCUGCCGUCACAGAGGCUGACUUUUUUUCCUUUUAAAUGAAGAGUUGUCUUGCUCGUUGGAACUGGAAGCAUUUUCUCAUUUAUUUGAAAAGAGGAUCCCUUUUUCCAGAAGUUCUAUUGUGGCUUCUGUAUUCUCAAACUUGAUGGAACACAGCAGGACAGGAUUGAAGAAGGGAACAAACUUUUUUUGUCCUCCCUCAUGAGCUAUAGGUGUAAUUGGAAUGCAACACAUCGCUCUCAAACUGACACAUGUGCACAUGCUCUCUUCUGCGCUGGACAUUCCAUCCCUACUUACACAAUUUUUUUGACAUGGGGCCAUUUAAAAAGUGCUUGGUUCACUAAGCUGGGGAAAAAUGUUGUUUUCUUUAAUUUUUUUGCGUUUAGAGCUGAAUCCCAGACCUGGUCUUUGUGAAGGACCAUAAGUGAAAUUAGUUUGGGCACCUUUAGCCUGGUUCCCUUUUGGGCACAAGUAAACUGCAUGGUACAAAUUGAUAGUCACUCUUGUAGGCUAUAAAAUUGCUGGUGUGGGAGAUGAAUAAAAUGUCACACAUGCAGUAAGGGACUUGAUUCUGUUGUUGGUGUAGAAGUGCAUUAAUGUGGUAGCAUAGAGGAGCUUUACCCGAUAUUCAGUUCUGUGCUGGACCUGCCCUGGGGGUGUUUGGGGACAAUGUAGAGAGAACGUUUCUCUGAAUCUAACCCCAUGCUGUACUGUCCUUAGAAUGUUUGGGGACAGGUAUCCCUCGCUUUGGCAGAAGAUAUUUGCUCAACCCAAGAAUAAGUUAAUGUUUAGUUUUUAUAAUUUUUGUUCUGAUUCCAACAAGAGGAAAUAUGUCCUUUUUUUUUUGGGGUGGGGUUGCCCAGUGAAAACUAUGGCUCCUGUAGGUAAAGGCAAGGACCGUGUCUCUUUGAUGACAUUCGCAUCUCAAUUGUGUCAUUUACAUCGCCGAGAUGGUGUUUAGUUAGUUGCGCCUAUGAUGAGGUUCAAAGGGGUACCAACUUGUUGGGCCCCUCCACUGAGGAAAGCUUUGUGUAAAGGUACAGGCAGACACUGUGAAUGCACAGGGUUCUGGGCUGACAGCCAUAUCUAAUAUUAUAGACCCACUUCUUUGUUCCCUUGUCCCACCUCUGCCCUCAUCCUCUUGUGUUGGUGGUGUUCAAAUUCACUCUCCAUUUUCCUUUGCAGUUGUUUCUUUUAUAUUUCCUGUUAUGUUUCGUUAAAUAAAAGUUUUUUAUGCGACACAAAUUCCUUUUAUAAAAUAUUAAUAAAAGUUUUUUGGCACAUUA